AUGGCGAUCGCCUUCUCCCCACCCAUCCCCUAUCCUACGAACCUACCGACGGCGACGCAACUGUCGAUCCUGAGCCAGUUGAAGCAUGCGUUGAUCGGCCACCAUGCCCGCAAGCUCGUCGUGCUCGCUCAUCCCGGCGCACUCGAACAACUUGUCCAACUCGGCGGCCAUCACCUGCGACCGGAUACACACCAUCCAGAGGUGCAAGUGGUCAAUGAGGCGGUGACGCUCUUGGGGACCUUGUCUUUGCGUCAGUCACGGAGGGGACAUCGAGCCUGGGACCGUUCAAACACUGACCACUCCAGCGCCGUUUCUGCGAUCACAGCGACCCAUCAAGCUCAACUCGCACUGCUCAGCAAUCAAGUUCACCAAACCCUCUUGUCUGCACUCGCGUACACCACUGGCGAUCGAGGAUCGUCCACCGCCUCGUCGUCGUCGUCGCACGUCACCGUCACCGCCACCACUUUAACCCCGCGCGACAAACUGCUCGAAUCCGUGCUGCGAUCGAUCAAGGUCGUCUACUCGGACCUGGUCGAAUGCGUAGGGCCAGGCGAGUGGGGCGAUGACUUGCUAUCGCUUACUCCUAUCAGUCCUUAUAUCAAGUAUGCGAAGCGCGAUCAGUCCGAGUCGCGCAAUGUGGAUCACUCUGACGAUGACAGCGACGACGAUGGCGACGAUCAGACGAUGGACAACGACUUUCGCACCGGACGAGCUUCCCAGAGUAACCUCAAACGACUUGCUGCAAAGGCGUUGUCGGAGUUGUACUCGCCCACCUCGACCGCGCUCCUCGGUCUCGCCCCUAUGCUCGACUUUGAUUCCUCAUCACUCGACCCGCACAGUCUGCGAUUGCGACACAAGCGAGCCGAACUCGUUUGCGACUUGUUCGCGUCGACGGUACGAACCCAAGAGCAACGUCAGGCCGUCCUUCAGACGGGUACGACGGCGAACAAGUUGUGGGAUUCGCUCGUUGGAAUCGUCACCACGACAACGGGGAGGGUUCAAGAGAGUGCGAUUGCUGCCCUCUCGGCGCUAUUCAAGGAUGAAACUGAGACUCUCAAGGCAUGCAUCGGAGGUCAGUGUCGAAUGUGGGAAUGGGCUUGCAAAGAAGUUGUUGCUGAUUCGAUUCGAGUCUACCUCCUCAUUCCCGCAGCUCAAGGCGGCAGUCCACUCUUUCCGACCUUGAACGCGCUCUCCCAAUCGGCGAACGCAUCGCGACGACUUACAGCAACCAUUGCGAGGAUCGUGCUUUGUCAAUCGAGACGGCUUUCAAUCACAUUUCCGACUCCCGAGUUUGAUCGCAACGCCGCGGGGGAACUCGGGAUCGAUUCCGUCGCCGCAACUUUGAUGGCCUUGGUCGAUGCGGACGACAAGUUACGAGGGAGGGCCUGUUUCGCACUUGGUCAGUUCUUUGAAGCUCACGUUGAGCUCGAAAUCCCCCAUGACUGAAUCAAGGUCCGGCGUAUUUUCGAUCGUAGCGUACCUGGUUGCUAUCAAGUUUUCGCUCGAGACUUAUGGAACUUCCAACAACCGAGUACUCGAGGUCGUCAAGAAAUUACUCAAAUCAACCUCAUCUCUCUCUACCACCACCACCACCACCACCACUUUAUUCGACGAAGCUUACUAUGGACCACCCCCGAACUCCACCCCGAUCGAAGCUGCGUUGACUUUAAUCGCGCUCCUAACUGCCGAAUCUGAAGAUGAUCGCCAACUCGUCAAAGAGAAGGGUUUGAUCCCACUGAUCGUCGAAUACCUCUCACACCCUUUACCCAAAGUUAAAGCUGCUGCAUGUCAUGCUUUGAGGUCCUUAUCGAGGAGUGUACAUCUCCUACGAACGAGUUUGGUCGAAACCGAAGCUGCUAAACCGCUCGUCAAACUUUUGGGAAAGGGCGAGGGUGAGGUCGUUAGGAUCACGGCUGUCGCGACGGUUUCGAAUCUGUUGUUGGAGUUUAGUCCGAUGAGAGGGACGUUGAUUGAAGAGGGGGUGGUGGAGGAGAUUGUAGCGAUGGCCCAGGAGGGGUCGAGAGGGAGGAAGAAGAAUAGGGCAGUAGGGAGGAGGAAGAGGCAAGAGGUAAAAGACGUGAAUGUGUUGUGGGCUCUCAAGAAUGGUACGUUUUAAGGGAUGGACACAACCCAUUGACCAUUCUUCCAAACUCAUGUCUCGUUUUUACCAUGCUCUCAGCGAGCUAUCAGGCUUCCUAUGAAUUCAACACGCGUCUUUUGGCCCUUCUCGGCUGGCCCAACCUCCGCACUUUUCUCUUGUCGAAGCAAACGAGCGUCUCCGAACAGGCUUUCGGGAUCCUUCGUAACCUCACAUGUACCGACGGUAGUAACCCGACGCCCGCCUUAUUCGCUCCACCUCCGUCCGGAUCCGACACGCCAUCGAUCAGGCCGGAAGAGGUGAUCAAGCACUGCGCGGACGUUUUGGAACUUGAGAAGGUUCCCUCAGAAUGGCCUAUUCUUGAAGAAGCGGGUGUGAGACUUCAAGUACUCUAUACGCUCGUCAAUUUGGCGGCGGGGGAUAUGGAUAUGAAGGGAACGAUCUUGGUUCAAAAUGGAUUGUUGGAUCUUUUGAUCGACGCUUUGGUAAGUCAUUUCUUUUCCAACCAGAGCUACAAAUUCGAUGACUUUCGAGAACUCAUCUUGACGAUGUUGGGAUGGAUUCUGAUUUGGUUUUCAUAGAAAGCAAAACUUGCGGAUGUACGAUGCGCGACCGUAUGGGUUUUCAUCAACCUCUCACAACCCAUCCCACCCCCCCCAAAUCCAAUCCCCCCGACCCACUCAACGCGGCCCCCCAAACCCCACUCGAGUCCCACUCAACCUCAAUCCUCAUCAACGACCAUAGCACCACUUUCGACACCCCCUACGAUGAAGGAGAUUCUCGUGUUUUUGAGAAACAAGGGGGUGAAUCGGGCUUUGGGUGAGUUGAGUACGGAUGUUAGUUUGGACGUGAGGGAGAGGGUCAAGGAUGCUUUGCAGGUUUUUAGUGGGUGGGAUUGA